AUGACAACGAACGUGUGGGUGGAACAGGAAUGGAACGACUACAAGCUGAAAUGGAACCCAGACGACUAUGGCGGCGUGGAAACCCUGCACGUGCCUUCUGAACAUAUAUGGCUGCCAGAUAUCGUCUUGUAUAACAAUGCGGAUGGCAACUAUGAGGUGACGAUUAUGACUAAAGCCAUCUUACAUCACGACGGUAAAGUUGUGUGGAAGCCGCCUGCCAUUUACAAGUCCUUUUGUGAGAUCGACGUCGAGUACUUCCCCUUUGAUGAACAGACCUGCUUCAUGAAAUUUGGUUCUUGGAGCUACGAUGGUUACACGGUGGAUUUGAGGCAUUUGAAGCAAACGCCGGACUCUGAUCACAUAGGGAUGGGCAUCGAUCUGUCGGAGUACUACAUUUCGGUCGAGUGGGACAUCAUGCGGGUACCGGCAACGCGGAACGAAAAGUUCUACUCGUGCUGUGAAGAACCUUAUCCAGAUAUUAUUUUCAACCUCACCCUCAGAAGGAAGACUCUGUUUUACACGGUCAAUCUCAUCAUUCCUUGUGUUGGAAUUUCAUUUCUGUCAGUGCUUGUCUUCUACCUCCCGUCAGAUUCGGGUGAAAAGAUUUCGCUUUGCAUUUCUAUUCUUCUGUCUUUGACCGUGUUCUUCUUAUUAUUAGCAGAAAUCAUUCCGCCAACGUCACUGACUGUCCCCUUGCUAGGAAAAUAUUUAUUAUUUACUAUGAUGCUAGUCACAUUAUCAGUUGUAGUCACUAUUGUGGUGCUAAAUGUAAAUUUUAGGUCUCCAGUUACUCAUCACAUGGCUCCUUGGGUACGAAAAUUCUUUAUAGAUUUUUUACCCCGAAUAUUAUGUAUACAAAGGCCGGAAAAACCGCCUGACGAUGAUGAAAAUGAUAAGCCGACCGAGGUACUCACGGAUGUUUUUAGCGGCGACGAUAUGGAUGGCAAAUUCAAAGAGUGGGGUUGUGAGGAAUAUGAAUUGCCGGGUAUGCCUCCUUCACCCCCACCUCCUCCUGGCGGCGAUGACGAACUUUUCUCCCCACCGCCGGGUUCCCCAUGUCGUUUGGAUCUCGACGAUGGCAGUCCUUCUCUUGAAAAACCAUAUGUUAGAGAGAUGGAAAAGACUAUAGAAGGGUCGAGAUUCAUUGCGCAGCAUGUUAAAAAUAAAGAUAAAUUUGAAAGUGUCGAGGAUGAUUGGAAAUACGUAGCCAUGGUUCUGGACAGAAUUUUCUUGUUCGCAUUCACAGUAGUUUGCUUACUUGGAACUGCUCUGAUAAUAUUCAGGGCGCCAACGUUUUACGACAACGCGAAGCCUAUCGACAUCCUGUAUUCGAAAAUUGCCAAAAAGAAAUUGGAGUUGCUCAAAAUGGGCUCGGAGAGUGACCCGGGUCUC